AUGCCAGACCCUCCAAGGAAGGAAUCCGCAUACGGAACCCCUUCAUCAGACACUUCCUUCCGCAAAACGUGGGAUCGCGAAGAAUAUACCAAGAAGGCCGCUGCCGAAGAAGCCAGGAAGAAAGAAGAGUCCAAAGCUCGCUACGAUGCCAAACUAGCAGGGAAGAAAUAUCAUGCGCCCGUCGACUUCAGCGCUCUCGAAGCAACAAGGUCCCGAUCCGACCGACUAAAUGUCGCGUCAAUGCAAGCAGCAUCUCAUUGCGACGGGCCAGAGUGGGGAGGUUGUGGUAGCUACUCUGGAGGACGUGCGGAAUAG